AUGAACUCGCCCAACCCACAAGCACUCAGCACCCCUGCUGGAAAGGUCCUCUGCGUUGCCGACCUUCGAGGCAACAUCUCUCAAUUGAACGAUCUGGUGGACCAGACUGGCGCCAAGUUGAUCAUCCACUGCGGCGAUUUUGGUUUCUAUGAGCGUGAGAGUCUUAACCGCAUCAGUGAUAGGACAUUGAAGCAUUUGGUUCAGUACAGCACUUUGAUCCCACCUGCAUUGCGCACUCGCCUCCUCCAAUCGACCGUCACCUCCGACUCGCUCCGCCAGCAGAUCAAGGCAUCGACCACCCCCAUCCUAUCAGAGCUGCCCCUGUACCUUGCCGGACAAAAAUCGCUGAAAGUUCCCGUGUACACCGUGUGGGGAGCCUGCGAGGACGUGAGCGUUCUGGAAAAGUUCCGUUCGGGCGAAUACACUAUCCCCAACCUCCACAUCAUCGACGAGAGCGCCACCGCCGUGAUUGAUAUUGGCGGCGUCAAGCUACGUCUCUUUGGUCUUGGAGGCGCGAUCGCUCAACACAAGUUGUUUGAUAUCGGUGAUGGUAUUUCGACUAUUGCUGGAGGUUCGGGAACAAUGUGGACGACAGCCCUCCAGAUCGGACAGUUGGUCGAUACAGCUCAGAAGGUGUUUGACGCCACCGAGACCCGCAUCCUCAUUUCUCAUGCUAGCCCUGGACGUGAGGGUAUCCUUGCUCAACUAGCCUUAACCCUCAAGGCUGAUUUCACCAUCUCUGCAGGAUUGCAUUUCCGUUAUGGGAUUUCAUACAACGAGUUUGGUGUUCAGGGCGACCAGGAGUUGUACAGGAAUAAGUUGGCCAUCUCUCAAAAGAACUUUAUGGACAUGUGGGAGGGCGUCAAGGCCCAUGUCGAGGCUAACGUCAGUGAUGAGCAAAGAGUGCUGCUGGAGAACUGCCUGAGCGUUGUCAACCGCCUGCCUGCAGUAAAUACCCUCCCCAACGACAAGGACGAGGCGGCUUUCAAAAACAUGUGGAACUUUAACCUGCCCGAUGCUGCAUCUGGGUUGUUGCUCCUCGAUAUCAACCAGGGUAGGAUCGCCACAGAGACAAGAUCACAUGGCUUCAACUUUUCAUACCGUCGCAACAACGUCUCCUUGCGCUCUGGCUCUCCUGCAGUUGCCUAA